GGAUGCUCCUGGCUUUGGCCUGAGCCAGCACUGACCAUUGUGGCCUUCUGGGGAAUGAACCAGCAGAUAGAAAAUCUUUCUCUCUCUGUGCCUCCUAACUCUGACUUUAAAAAUAACGAAAUAAAUGUUUUUUAAAAGAUACGCAAAUUCCUAGACCCCCAUCCUACUCCCACUAAAUCAGAAACUCCCGGUGAUUGUGAUGUACAUUCAAAGUUAAGAACUAGUGGCCACCCCUGUGUGACCUCAUGCCCCUGCCUGGCCACACCUGGGUGCCCACUGGCCAAUCAGGUUAAUUAACCACUCCCCUUUGGAAGUGGGUUAAAAGCCUGGGACAUGGUGUGUCCCACCCUUCUCUUCUUGGCCCUGGCUUCUUGCCAGGAGAGGGCUGGCUGUAGCCCUGCGCCUCCAGGGCACGUGGCCUUUGGGCCACCCGCCCUAGGCUUCCUGGCCUAGAUGCUCCUCCACGUGGCUGGUUCCUGGUGCUCGGGAAUAAUUUGUGCCAAUCAGAAGGGACAAGAAAUUAAACCAGGCUCAAUGGGGAAAGGAGUGCUGCCCUAUGAUGUCCAGAUUAUAGAUGAAAAUGGCAGUGUCCUACCACCUGGCAAGGAGGGGGAAAUUGCCCUCAGAGUCAAGUCCACACGGCCCUUCUGUUUCUUCUCUGAAUACGUGGACAAUCCAGAGAAGACUGCUGCCACAAUCAGAGGACACUUCUAUGUCACUGGAGACAGAGGAGUAAUGGACACUGAUGGGUACUUCUGGUUUGUCGGCAGAGCAGAUGAUGUCAUCAUAUCCUCUGGGUACCGUAUCGGGCCAUUUGAGGUGGAGAGUGCACUCAUCGAGCACCCGGCAGUGGUUGAAUCGGCUGUUGUCAGUAGUCCAGAUCCAAUCCGGGGAGAGGUGGUGAAAGCUUUUGUUGUCUUAUCAGCACCCUUUAAAUCCUCCAAUCUAGAGGAAUUAACCCUUGAGCUUCAGGAUCAUGUUAAAAAAUCAACAGCACCUUACAAAUAUCCAAGAAAGGUGGAAUUCGUUCAAGAACUCCCAAAGACAAUCACUGGGAAAAUCAAACACAACCUGAUUAAUUAA